AUGGAAAUUAUUAUCGGAAUCUUUUCUUGUGCUCUACUUAGUCAAUAUUGGAAUAAAACAAGUUGGAUUUUCGGUGGUCAACAUUCUGUUUUAUUUAUUUUUUUUGUUUUUCUUCUUGGCACUCUUAGUACAACAUCAACAAUUACAUAUUAUGAUUAUAUGAAACGAUACAAUGCAAAACUAUUGGAUGCUCUUCUUUUUGGUGAGAAUCUCGCUUGUGUCGUGCCAGUCAUCCUUGCAUUGAUUCAAGGCAUAGGUGGUGAACCAAUCUGUUUACCUAACUCGAUACAAAUCGAAUAUUCACAACCUCGUUUUUCUGUUCGAGUCUAUUUUUGGAUUUUAACAUUUAUCAUAUUUCUAUCAUUUAUUGCUUUUCUCAUUCUCGAAUGGGCCAAGAUUGCUGAUUCAUAUCGAAUUGAAGAUUAUAAAUCAUUGAACACUUACGAACUAAAUUCACAAACAGAUACUUCAUCUCUUAUUCAAAGCGAGCCAUCAUUCGAACCAAUGAGCACAAAGUUGUAUCAUUCUCUACUUGCUGUUGCAUACUUUUCAUACAUUUUUCUCUAUGGCAUUCUACCAAUAAUUAUUACUUAUGCUAUGUUACCGUAUUCCCAUACUGCAUUCUACACAUCAAGUAUUAUCCCACCUAUAACAGGUCCACUAUCAGUUAUUAUUAACCGUGUCAAUAAAAAUCGAUUAGGGUUGUCAUCUAUAAUUAUCCUAUGUUUUAUAGCAACGUGUACAUCUACUUAUGUUAUUAUCAUAGCCAUUCUCAGUCCUUGUCCACCUCUGCAUGAUACUGUAUUCGGUGCAAUUAUUGCUCUAGCUUGUGUUUUCACUUCACAACUCUUAUAUAACUAUGUACGUGUAGUCAUAGCCAAUCGUAUUCGACAAGAAUACAAAUGUAACAGUGGAUUAUUUUGGCUUGGAGCUGUCUUUCGCAUGGGUACGUUGAGUGGUGCAAUACCGAUGUAUGUUCUCAUCAACAUAUUUCAUAUUUUUAAAAGUCGUGAAGCCUGUCGAUCUUACUGUUAA